AUGAAUGGUGCAGAAUUCCCGCUACAGGGCCCUGAUGAUUCAACACUGAACUCAUCUGGUGGAUCGAGUGGUCUUGCCUCAUCCAAUGACAGCACAUCAAUGCCAACUAAACGCAUGAAACCAACACCACCCAGUCCAGCAAAGGCAUUCAUGGUCGCAGCAUCGCCUCCACAGUUUGUGUCAUUUGAUCAAUUGAUGUCCGCAGCCAAUGGGGUAACAAACAUGGCUCUUGCACAUGAGAUAGCUGUCGAUAAUAAUUUCAAAUUGGAAAAAUUUGAACCAGAUUCUAACAGUAUUGAGAAACAAGUAAAGGAGGUAAUGCACAAGGCAUUUUGGGAUAGCUUGAGUGAGAAAUUGAGUGCUGAGCCGCCAGAUUACUCUCACGCAGUAGUUCUCCUUGAGGAAGUGAAACAGAUGCUGCUUGAGGUUCUCCUCCCCCAACACACAAGAUUACGAACUCUCAUCAACGAGGUCCUGGACAUGGAGCUCAUUAAACAGAAAAUAGCAAACAACGCCCUGGACUUCCAUUAUUACGCAGAGUUCGUCAUCGGGAUCAUGGCUCAGUUAUGUGCACCUGCUCGGGAUGAUAGUAUCAGAGAACUCAAAGAUCAAAAGGAAAUAGUGCCAUUAUUCAGGGAGAUGUUUGCAAUACUCGAGUUGAUGAAACGAGACAUGGCAAAUUACACAAUACAGCAGAUGAGGCCUUAUAUCCAAUCUCAGUCUGUUGAAUAUGAGAAACAAAAAUUUACAGACUUUCUUAAAGCGCAACAAGAUGUUGGAGUCGAUGGUCUUGAAUUAACAAAGGAAUGGCUUGAGCGAAGCAAAUCUCGUCUUGAAUCUUUAAAUAAAGAUGUCCCAGCAUCCUCCAGUAUAACCAUGGUUACACCGGCAUCCAUAUUGAAUCAGGCUUACAUGGAGAUAUUCAGUUGGGACAAUGAAAGGCUCUAUCCAGAGACUUUAGUAAUGGACCAAUCAAGAUUUGAAGAUCUCCGAGAGAAAACUGACCAGAUAUGUUUGGUGUCGGCCAUUCUUCUCAUCACAUACAAUACAGUGGGGCCAUCUAUUAGUGGAAUCUCAGAACUAAAAUCAACAUUAACUGACCAGAUCUCAAUUUUGUUGGAAUCAGCAGAAAGCCCUGAUGUUAUGACGAACAUUGCUGACCAAGUAGCUUUAGAGGUUGGAAAAUCACUAGAAAAACAUGGGUUUCAAAAAAUGACUGAAGAGAAAGAAAAUCAUCUAAAAGCACAAGUGAAGGAGGUCGCGUCUCUGGAGCAUGCAGUUCACAAACUUUUACGUAAACGUGUCCAUGACUUCAUUCUCCAAACAACGCAGCCAGCCAUGCAGUCUGGACCUUUGAAGAUUCCUCCUGGAGUGUCUGCUAUGGAGAAACCUUUGAGUCAGUUACUUGGACUUGACUUAGAGAUGCAAAAAUGGCUACGAAUGAUUAGUCGGUGUGUGAUUUUCUUCGUAUACCUCUAUACUACGAUUACAUAUUGGAAAUGGCACAUUAAAGUACAAUUGUGUGAUAUUAGACGAAGAUCUAAACAGUUUUUAAAUAUGCCGUGUCUCCACAGAUGUAAAAACUCAUCCAAUCCAAAUACCACAGCUGCAGCUACCUCGACCUUCAAUGACAAAUCAAAACUUGAGGCAAAACUUCGAGCUAACCCCAUCGAUGCUCUUACAUGUCCAAUAAGUCAAAAGUUUGGGAGAACCAUGGGUGGAAAAAUGGACUAUCCAGUCAAAGCAUUUAGUGAGAUGCCCGGUCCUAAAGGCCUCCCUUUAGUCGGAACAGCAUUGCAUUAUUCAGUAUUAGGCCCCUAUGAUUUAAAAAGAUGGGAUGGCCCACGUUUGGACAAUUACAAAAAGUAUGGGAAAAUAUAUAAAGAGAAAAUAGGACCGAGAUGGAUGGUCCAUUUAUUUGAUCCAAAAGAUGUUUCAACAUAUUUGAACACACCAGAGAAAGGGUACCCUGAUCGUGGUGUGUCUAUACUGACCCAGAUUCAUGCUAAAGAGAGAAAAAUCCCUAUGGGUCUGAGCGCCUGUGAUGGGGAAGAAUGGUAUAGAAUUCGCUCAAAAGUACAAAAACUAUUCCUACACCCCAAAGCCGCAUCCGGGUAUUUGGAUAUGCAAUGUGAUAUAGCAGACGACUUUACAGAAAGAAUGGAAGUGUUAAUGGACGAAAAUGGACAUAUACCAAACUACUACGAUGAGCUCUACCGGUUUGCUAUUGAAUACACUGGCAUGGUGUGUUUCAAUAGAAGAACAGAUAGUCUCAACAUUAAUGGCAAUCCAGAGUGUGAUGCGCUUAAGAAGAACCUCCAUACACUGUUUGAAGUGGUCUUUGAGGCCAUGAUGUCAGUUCCCUGGCACAAACUGUUCAAGACGCCAAUGUACAGAAGAUUUGAAAAAGCGUGGGAUGAAAUCCGAGGAUUAACUGAAAAACAUAUCUUAACAACAAUAAAGGAACUUGAAGAACAGGAGAGAGACGGGACUCUAGAUCUGGACAAACCAAAUUUCUUAUAUACCCUUUUGGCCAGAAAGGAACUGACAUUUGGAGAAAUAGUCUCGAAUACUGCUGAUUUCUUUUGCGGAGGAAUAGAUUCAGGAGCCAAUACACUAUCUUUCCUAUUAUACAAUCUUGCCACAAAUCCGGACAAACAGGAGACACUCAUUGAAGAAAUAGAAAGGGAACUGCCAUAUUGUGAAAAUCCAACUCCAGGUCAUAUGAACAAGCUCAACUACCUUAAGGCGUGUGUCAAGGAAUCAUUUAGAAUGUUUUAUCCCACCCCUUGUGGGCCAGUGAAGGUAAUCAAGGAAGACAUGGUUAUUUCUGGAUACAAGAUUCCUCCAGGGACAAUGAUAUUACCAUCAAAUAGUGUGAUGUGUCAAAUGGAAGAAUACUUCAGAGAACCAAAGAAAUUCAUUCCUGAAAGAUGGUUACGAGAUGAAAAUGGCGUUUGUGAGGUUCCCAGAACAUACUCAAAUAUUGUCCUACCAUUUGGCCACGGGAUGCGGGUGUGCCUGGGAAGGCGGUUUGCAGAGCAGGAGAUCAAUCUAGGGAUCAUCAAGAUAUUGCAGAAGUUUAAUGUUACAUACAAGGGUGAACCAAUGGACAAAAUUAACAAAGGUUUCAGCAUCCCAGAUAAACCUCUCAACCUAUUCUUUACACGACGAAGGUGACACCGGUGAUGACUAGGACAAUACAAUAAUAAUUUUUGUUCCUUAAAGAAGCUUUGUUCUGCCACCUCAUCAUAGGAG